ACCUGCUUCAGCACUAAGUCAAUCAAUGUGCUAUUAUAUACUCCUUUGUUGUUGCGUGUUGGCUUUACCCUUGAAUAUCUACAAGGUCUAUUAUUACCUGCGUAACUCAACCGGUACAGGCCCCUCGACUAAGCUGAUACCAGUAGAAGGGGCUCGUUAGAGACUUCGGGCGCAGCCCUAGCUGCGCCAUGUCGAUCUUCAGCUAUAAUGGAGCGGCCAUUGUGGCCAUGGCCGGGAAGGAAUGCGUGGCCAUUGGGUCAGAUCUACGCUUUGGUGUUCAGCUGCAAACGAUUACCUGCGAUACACCAAAGGUCUUUAAGGUUCACGAUAAGCUCUACCUAGGGCUAUCGGGCCUACAAACGGACGCGCAGACGUUGUACCAGAAGCUCAUGUUCAGGCACAACAUGUAUAAGCUCAGAGAGGAGCGCGACAUGAAGCCCUCCACUUUCAGCAACAUGCUCUCAAACGCGCUCUACGAGCGGCGGUUUGGUCCCUACUUCGCGGCACCGGUGGUCGCUGGCUUGGAGCCAGACGGCACGCCCUUCCUCAGCGGCAUGGACACCAUCGGUGCCGUGGAGACCGCCAAGGACUUCAUGAUCACGGGCACUUCGCCCGACUCGCUGUACGGCAUGUGCGAGUCCAUGUGGCGACCUGACAUGGAGCCGGACGAGCUGUUUGAGACGGUGGCCCAGUGCCUGAUGUCCGGGUCGGACCGCGACGCACUGGCGGGCUGGGGUGCGGUGAUCCACGUGAUCACCAAGGACAAGGUCAUCUCACGCACGCUCAAGACGCGUAUGGACUAGAGUGUUGGCGGGAGUGGCGUGCAGGAGGGUGGGUGAGGGGCGCUGGGAAGGGCAUGGGGGUGCCUGGCGGCAUAGUCGGCAGGUGGAGUAGGAGGGAUAGCGCUGUGCUGCGUGGCAGAGGCAUGCUUUUGGUUGGAAGGGGAGCAGCACGGUGGGUGGGUAAGAGCAACUCAGUCAAGUCUUUCGUGACGUCUGAGGUGCGAGGGGAGGGCCGGGACCAUGUACCGUACGGCAGUUGCAGGCUCCCUCAUCGGCACUCAGGCGCGCCGUGCCUCCCGAGGAUGCAGCUGCGCCUUGCGGUGCAGGGGAGUCACGGCAUCCUGGUUAUGGGUUGCUUGGGCUUGACAGGCCGUCCAAGUCGCGACGGGGGUCGAUUGGGAAGUUGUUGCUGCAGUUGUAAAAGUGUAGAGGAUUACCUAGGCUGGUUCCAAGUAAUGGAGGUGUUCUGGACGUCUUCAUGUUCCUGGACGGCUGGUUCCAACUUGCAUGUCCGUUGCCCUGCUUUGGCGGCAUGGUACGUGCGUCCUAAAGUGCAACCGCCCUAAGGCGAUUACUACGGCAUUCGUUUGGGUCGUGUAGGGGCGAGGUGCGGCACGCCCGUUGCGGCUUGCUAGUGGUAUUGUAUUCAUCACGUGGGCAGACAGGGCAGGCUGAUGUAAACCGUGUGCUGUGCUGUGCGGAGGCUGGGACCGUUCUUGCAACGUUGGCGACACCUGGAGGGCAGUCCUGGCAGCAGCGACCUUGCUCCUUGUAAUGUAAGGACAGCGAG